UGAAGUGAAGGGGCGUGUUUCAAUUGAUAAAGCUUGUGCAAUAGGGUGGAGUGACGGAGCGUCUCCUAUGAGAUCUGACUGCUGUUUGCGUAACUGUCGGUGGAGAGCGCAGUCUGACAUCGCUGGGAGGAAAAUGUCCUGUUGGUUGAGGGAACAGACUUUGUUGCUGGCAGAAGAUUACAUCAGCUUCUGCAGCGGGAUCCAACAGACGCCUCCCAGCGAGUCAGCAGAGGCCAUGAGAUACCUGGCCAAAGAAAUGGAGCAGCAGCACAGAACCAAAUUCCGAUCCCUCUCCCAGGAGUUCCUGGACACCUGCGGAUCAGAUCCCAGCAAGUGUCUGCAGAGCGUCAUGAGGGAACUGGUGGGAGAUGGGAAACUGAACUGGGGGAGGGUGGUCUCCAUCUUUACUUUCACUGGAGUGCUGGCCAGUGAGCUCCUGUCCAGAGGAGAGAAUUCCGAGUGCUCCCAGAGACUGGCCGAGACCAUCGCUGACUACCUUGGAGGAGAAAAACAGGACUGGCUGCUGGAAAACGGAGGCUGGGAGGGUUUCUGCAGGUUUUUCCACAACGCAAGACAGCUGAACCAAGAGUCCUCGAUGAAGACAGCACUGUUUGCAGCAGCAGGAGUUGGUUUAGCUGGUCUAACCUUUCUCUUAGUACGCUAAUGAUUUUAGGUUUUCUCACUCUCUCUCUUUCACACACAACACACCUGCUUUCUGUUUUCUGUCAUAUGGCUAUAAGUCAAAACAGUUCUGGUCUUCAGGUUUUUUGCACAUUUCUUUCCAUGUCCACGCCUGUAAUUACAGCAAACAGCCAUUCAUGUUGAUUGUACACUCUUAACAUGGCCUUCAGGAGAAAAGGAUGGAAGUUCUAAUUCUUUGCAUAUCUAACAUGGUGCUUUUUAUUUUAUAGUUGCUUUUGUCACUUGUUCCUGUGUAAAUCAUGUUAGUUUAGAUAGUAUUUACAGUUUGUGAAAAUGACACCAGUUUAUUGUUUGUAAAGUUUCUUUCAGUUUGAAAACAAGAUGCCCACCGAUCACAGUUGUGUCAGAAACCACUGUAACGCAUUACAGACAAAAUGCAUAUAUUUUGUAAUGACAGAGCAAUUCUCUUUGUUAGACCACUUUUUGCCUUAGCUAGUGGUUUACAUAUGAUCAUUUACACCUUUGUGAUGUCUCUCAGUUUCAUUCUGGAAGUCAUUUGUUUUAAAGGUGCUAGCUUGUUUGGUUCCAAACAAAUCUCUGUAAUAUUUUGCCCAGUGUAAGUUUACGUUGUAAAUUUAUUUAUUUACCUCUUAAGAACAAAUUAUUACUAUUUAGGCAAUUCCCAACAAUUGACAAAACAUUAUAUUUUUGCAUUUUUAUUUAUUAACUUCUUAAUAAAAUAAUUUUACUGUGAAACAA